GUCUCUCCAUGGAUCACUCAUUGUCAUUUGCAACAUUUAUUUUCUAAAUACAGUCAUCAUUCAUCGACUUGCAAUGUGAAAUCCUGUUUCCGUCUCUGACAUCAACUAUCUCGCCGUUCUCAAUGGUAUCCAAAUUUUUAGUUCUACCAUUCUUCUUCUUUUUCCAAAUUUUGUUUGCUUUUAGAUUCCAACCUUCGGAAGCACAAUCUUGGAUCAAAGUUGCAUACUGGUAUUCCGGCAGCGAAUUCCCUAUUUCCGACAUCAACUCUCCGCUCUUCACUCACCUUAUUUACGCUUACACAGAUGUUAACUCAUCAUCCUAUGAGCUCUCUUCCUCCUCCUCCGACUCCUCGGAGCAGUAUUACUCCACCUUCACGCCAACCGUCAAGCGAAAGAACCCAUCAGUCACUACUCUCGUCUCCAUUGGCGGUGGAAACGCAGACUACGGUGUCAUUUCAACCAUGCUCAGUAGCUCUUCUCACAGAAAGUCUUUCGUUGAUUCUUCAAUAAUUUUCGCAAGGCGUUAUGGCUUCCUAGGCCUAGAAUUUUGCUGGGCUUCAGCUAACACAAGUUCGGACAUGACCAACAUGGGGAAGUUAUUUGAAGAGUGGCGGGCAGCUAUCGCUUCUGAAGCCGCAAAAACCAGCCAAACACCACUGAUUUUGACUGCUGCCGUGCUGUACAGGCCAGAUUUUGAGUCCUUCGCAUACCCGGUUGAAUCAAUCCGGGACAACUUGAACUGGGUACAUGUCGUUUCCUAUGCCUAUUACGAACCUCAGCGGACCAAUUUCACCGGUGCUCAUGCAGCACUAUACGAUCCAUCGAGUGACCUGAGCACCGACUAUGGUACCAAAUCAUGGAUUGGCAGGGGAUUAUCUGCUUCCAAAUUGGUUUUGGGAUUGCCUUCCUAUGGAUAUGCUUGGACGCUAAGCAAUCCCAGGGACAGCGCUAUUGGCGCACCGGCUAAAGGUCCUGCCAUUACCAAGGUUGGAUCGAUGAGCUACAAGGAUAUCAAAGGCUACAUUGAUAGAUAUGGGGCUGACAUAGUCUACAAUGCUACUUAUGUAGCGAAGUACUGUGUGAUCGGUUCGGCUUGGAUCGGUUUCGAUGAUGCUGAAGUUGUGAAAAUAAAAGUUUCUUAUGCUAAGGAGCAGAAAUUGCUUGGAUACUUCAUCUGGCAGGUCUCACUUGAUGAUAAUUGGGUGCUUUCUCUUGCAGCUGCAGCUCAAGAGGGUGGAGGCAGUGGACAAAACAAACGGAGAUUUCUUGUAAUCGUUUUGACCACUAUAGCUUCAGUUAUUCUCUUGCUAGGCUCAGCGUUGAGUUACUUCCGCAUGAGACUGCACAAAUCAAAAGCUAAGGAAUCAGAAUCCAGGGAAAAUGAUAUAGCAGACACAGCUGGAAAAUUCAACAGCAACGUUCCUAAUCUGAAAAUAUUUAGCAUUGCUGACGUUGAGGCGGCAACGGAUGGAUUUUCGAUUGAAAAUAAGCUUGGAGAGGGCGGUUAUGGCCCCGUUUAUAAGGGAGUAUUGCAAGAUGGACAAGAAAUCGCUGUGAAGAAACUAUCAAAAGCUUCAACUCAAGGAUUUGAGGAGUUCAAGAACGAGGUCAUGCUCACCGCAAAACUACAACACGUAAAUCUUGUUAGGGUUUUGGGAUUUUGCAUCGAACACCAUGAGCAAAUGCUGAUUUACGAGUACAUGCCAAAGAAAAGCUUGGACCUCUACCUCUUUGAUCCUGUUAGAAGAUAUGAAUUGGAUUGGAGAAAGCGGGUUCAAAUUAUCAAAGGGGUUACUCAGGGACUUCUUUACCUCCAAGAGUACUCAAGAUUGACAAUCAUCCAUCGCGAUCUGAAAGCUAGCAACAUUUUACUUGAUGAGGAGAUGAGGCCUAAGAUCUCGGAUUUUGGUAUGGCCAGAAUUUUUGCAAAGGAUGAACUCGAAGCAAAUACAGGUCGAAUUGUUGGAACGUAUGGUUACGUACCACCGGAAUACGUUCAGAAAGGUUUAUACUCCACUAAAUCAGAUGUUUACAGCUUUGGAGUUCUCCUUCUACAGAUCAUAAGUGGCAAGAAGAAUGCCCCCUACUAUGGUUCAGAUGAAGACUUAAACCUACUAGAAUAUGCAUAUUUACUUUGGAAACAAGGCAAAGGGAUGGAGUUUAUGGAUCCUGCACUUGACGAUACACAUUCUUUAUGCAAAUUGAUGAGAUGCUUGCAAAUUGCUCUCCUAUGUGUUCAAGAAAAUGCAAAAGAUAGGCCUUCGAUGUUGGAAAUUUCUUCAAUGCUACAAAAUGAAGGAGCUACAAUGGAAAAUCCCAAAAUUCCAGCCUUCUCAAAAAGAAAUGAAGAGGAAGAAACAAAUCCCAUGCCGCGGCUAGAAGCUUGUUCCAUCGAUGAUGCAACAAUCUCUGAAGUUGUAGCCCGAUGAGUGGUAAAUGCUAAGUAAUUAAUCUAUCUCCACUCAGAAAACUUAAGAGCUAAAUGUUAACAUGUUGUGGACGAAUGAGUUUAUUGAUGGAAAACUAUAUUCUCACAGCGGAUGAUCUUCUGGUAGGAAAAGUAGUCCCUACGUUGUGAAUUAACAUUCACUUAGGCCGUAUAAGAGUUCGGCAUGAUAACUAUAAUAUGUGCAUGUGUGUGAGAUGGUUAGGAUGUAUGUGAGGUAGUUAAGUUGGUUAAGAGUCUAUGGUGUAAGGUUGUGACAAGUGUCAACAUCUUAAGAUUCUUAUGUUAGCUUAGUGUCUAAGCAAUGUAGCUAGGUAUAUACACAAUGUAAUCAAUGUUAAUGUUGUUGAAUUGAAAAGGAAAUAAUACAUACAU